AUAUAAAUAGCAGAGAAAAUAAGCACCUACAUUGUUACUUAUAUUUUCAAUACAGUUGUUGGUAAUAGAUUUUUUGGGAUGAUUUGUAAAAGCUUAUUAUUUUUGUUAGCUGCCUUGGCAAUGGUGGUUGCGCUCACCGAUGAAGAACAAUUCGCCGAAUUUAAGAAAGAGUUUGAAAAAACCUACGACACUCCAGAAGAAGAAGAAAAGCGUUUUAAAAUAUUCCAAGAAAAUUUGAGGUUUAUAGAAGAAAACAAUAAGAAAUACGAUAAAGGGGAAGUAAGUAGCCGAUUGGAUAUUACCCCAUUCACUGAUCUAUCUGCUGAUGAGUGGUCACAUAGAAACCAUGAGUUAUCUCCAUUACCUAUUGCCUUGGACAAAUAGCCUUCUUUUCAGUGGUUUGAUGUGCUAUAUAACCUAAUAAUUUGUUAAAAAUUGUAGUAGAUUUUGAAUAAUGUUACCUUAAUGGCUUGAAUAAAUGUUGAAAUUCAAUAUA